AUGUCCACCCACCACAUUGCAACAUUACUCCCCCCAAUGUGGGGCCACACUGUGGGCUAUCUUCACCUAUCAGUACAGCUCCUCGGCGCGGAUCCAACGCUCGUCAUGUCGAUUGUGCAGCACCAGGUUCUUGUCUCCCAGAUGGAAAAAGAACUCGCAGGGUGCACAUACGACUCUUCGCGUCUUCGGAUUAUCGGUGUCGGUAUGCCUCCAGAUAGCGGAGUUGCAUUCGAUCUGGAUGCUUACGAGGCCAUCUUCCGUGAGCUAGUCAUGGGCUGGAUGCAAAUCAUUCCUGAGCUCGCUCAGGGAAGCGCCGAAUGGCCAAAACCACGAACCAUUCAUUUCGACUUCACCUGCGGUGGGCAUGUGAUUGACCCAACCAAAUCCAUUCUGGGCCCCGAUAUCAAAACCGUGUUAUGGUACUGCUCCAACGCGGCCGCACUGUUCGUUAUGGUAAACGAAUGUGACUUCACCGCUAUUUUCGACAAGAUCAUGGGCGACGAGACAUUACGAGCGGGCCGUGCACCAGAACAAAUUCAGCUGGAGAUUUGCUCGGCAUUUAAUGGCACAGACAAACUGACGGGCCAAAUCGUGCACAUCCCGGGUCUGCCGGACACAUACGACUAUGAGCGGGUCACUCUUGCUGCCGGUCCGCCCAUCACUGGUUGGCCGAUCCUAACCUCUGGGCAACAGUUGGGGAAACGCGUCGAUGGCUACAUUGCUGCUUCAGGAUCAUACCUGGAGCCUAUGGGUAUUCCCCAGAUACGAAAGCACUAUAUGGAGCACAACCAAACAUUGUUCGCCGUCGGACCGCAAACACAUCCAAAAUAUUUCGAGGCGAAUGCUACACAGGAGCAAAUAACCGAUCCCGAGAUAGCUGGCUUCCUCGACAAACACAGCAAGAACUCGGUACUCUAUAUAUCUUUUGGAUCGUUGUUCUUCCCCGUUGCGACGCCGAAACACGUCGAGGCGCUGGUCGAGACCCUUUUGACGCUGGAACCAGCUUUCCCCUUCAUCUUCGCUCUCGGGAGCUCAUGGAGCCAAGCCGCCAUCUCUUCAUCACUUAUCGAGCGUGUCAAUUCAAGCGGGAAAGGCCUCAUUUGCACCUCCUGGGUACAACAACGCGCGAUACUCCAACACGACGCUGUUGGUUGGUUUCUCACUCACGGCGGCUUCAACUCAAUCACGGAGGCCAUGACCUUAGGAAUGCCUAUGAUUAUCUGGCCAGUUGCUGCCGAGCAGCCAGGAAAUGCCUUGUCGUUCUCAUCGGAGCCCAACCCUGUUGCAAUCGAGCUUCUACAGAUUCGCACCGGCGCCCAGGUCGGCCCUUCGUUGCGGUUUGGCGACAGCGUGAAUAUUACUGGGACUGUCGAAGACGCCGUCGCUGAAUUCAAGGCCGUUUUUGCCGAGGCUCGCGGUGCGAAGGGUAAAAUGUUGAGAGAGAAUGCGGAACGGCUUCGUAAUACAGUGCAGAUGGGGAGAACAAACGAGUCCGCAGAAGAGAUCAAACGAUUGGCUGCAUUUUAA